AUGAUAUCAUCCAUCAAAAAAUCAAAUUGGAUCAUCGUGUUUAGUCUGCUUUCUGGUGUUGUCAUAUGGCUGGUUAUUAGUAACCUGAAAUCUUCACACAUGUUAUCAACUGUAUUUCUCCGCCCGUUUUCAAGUUCAAUGAUGAAUUCAUCACUGUCUACACCAUCGACAAUGCGUAGUAAAUGGAAAAAGAAUCGACUGGUGGUUAUUCCAGCUUUAUGGAAGGAAAUCAAUUGGGCGGAUCGUUCAAGUUGGCCACUUUGGAUACGUGACGGUCUCGAUUUGUUCAAUCCGAAUCCGUCUCGGUCCUAUGACAUUCACUUAUAUCAACGUAUUGAUCCAAACUCGACAGUUCCAUAUGAUUGGCCCUACUGCCAAAAUGUACAUGAAGAAGCCGGUGUUUAUUUAAAAUUUAUUUAUGAUUAUUAUUAUGAUUUACCUGAUAAGAUGUUAUUUCUUCAUGGUAAUCCUCAUGCACACUCGCCACAUCCGAUUGAAGCAGCUCAAUGUGUUCGCGAUGAUGUUUAUUAUGCCAAUAUCAAUACUUUUUGGAUUCAAGAUCGACCGUGGUCCAUAUGGAGUCGCGACCCGAAGGAUAAUAUCGGCUUAAUGUACAAAUGUGCAGCACGUUUAUUAACUUUUUUCGGUUUUGAUGCCGAAGCACAGUUGAAUCCCGAUAAGAGAACACCAAAAGAUAAUAAUCUGAUAUCAACUACAUGUUGUGCACAGUUUUAUGUAAGAAAAGAACGUAUUCAACAUUAUACAUACGAACAAUGGACAGCACUCUAUCGUGCAAGUCUAGAGCCAUAUUGUACGACAGAACUCGAUCGUGAACAACCAGGAAAAGGCGGUACGAAAUGGUUCGGUGGAAGUUUUGAGCAUCUCUGGCAUGUAAUUCUGGGGCUCAAUCCAGUAAAUAUGUUACCAAGACGGGCGAAAACGAGUACCGAUAUUUGCCAUCUAUUCCGCGCAUCGUGCAAUGGUUCAUUGUGUAAAAACUAA